AUGAAUGCGCAACACACCAAAGAAGCGCCGCCACCAAGUGAGCUUGCCCUCGAAUGCGGCCCUGGCAGCGCGGAGCAGCCAGCAGAGCCCUCGUCGGAAGACAAGGUCUCGGCAUUCAAGUCCCUCGGGUGGUUGGAUCGUUACCUCGCCGUCUGGAUCUUUCUCUCCAUGGUCGUCGGCAUCUUGCUGGGAAAAUUUGUGCCCAACAUCGGCCAGUCCCUCCAGCGCGGCAAGUUUGUCGACGUCUCCAUCCCUAUCGCGGUUGGCCUCUUGGUCAUGAUGUAUCCCAUCCUGUGCAAGGUCCGCUACGAGUCUCUGCACCUCCUCCUGCGGCAGCGGACUCUGUGGAAGCAGAUUACCUUUUCCGUCAUUGUCAACUGGGUCGUUGCGCCCUUUUUCAUGACGGCCCUCGCAUGGGCGUUCCUCCCCGACGAGCCCAACCUCCGCAACGGCCUCAUCCUCGUCGGCCUCGGCCGCUGCAUCGCCAUGGUCCUCAUCUGGAACGGCCUCGCCGGCGGCGACCCCGAGUACUGCGCCGUCCUCGUCGCCGUCAACUCCGUCCUGCAGAUGCUCCUCUUCGCGCCCCUGGCCGUCCUCUUCCUCCACGUCCUCAACCCUGAUCCCAGCCCCGACACUUCCUUUUCCUACUCCGUCGUCGCCACCAGCGUGGGCGUCUUCCUCGGCAUCCCCCUCGGCGCCGCCGUCCUCACCCGCCUCGCCCUCCGCCGCGCCGCCGGCGCCGGCUGGUACGACCGCGUCUUCAUGCGCUGGCUCGCGCCCUGGUCCCUCCUCGGCCUGCUGUACACCAUCGUGGUGCUCUUCGCCUCGCAGGGCGCGCGCGUCGUCCGCCAGGUCGUCUCGGUGGUGCGCGUCGCGGCGCCGAUGCUGGUGUAUUUCUUGUGCAUCUUCUUCGUGGUGCUGUGGGCGACGAGGCGGCUGGGUUUCGGGUACAGACUCGGCUGCACGCAGAGCUUCACGGCGGCGAGCAACAACUUUGAGCUGGCCAUUGCGGUCGCGGUCGCCACGUUUGGGCCGGACAGCGACGAGGCUCUGGCUGCCACUGUUGGUCCGCUGAUCGAGGUGCCGGUGCUGAUCGCGCUGGUGUACCUCGUCAAGUGGCUGGGGGCAAGAUGGAACUGGAAGGAGUGA